CCGAUCUAACGAAAUUCUACACUGUACAACUUCGAUCUUUGACUACAGCUUCGAUUCGAUCUUCGCUUCGACUCACGAUCGAUCUCGAAAUCUCGACUUGAUUAACUUGAUUGACGUUCGUUGCGUCUCAUAAGUUUCGAUACGAGUGCAUUUAUCAAUAGAGAAUAUUGUUAAUGUAGAAGAUUCACGAAGAUGAGUAACAUUUACAUACAAGAGCCGCCCACUUCGGGGAAGGUGAUGAUGAAAACCACGGUCGGCGAUAUUGAUUUGGAACUGUGGGCUAGGGAGACUCCAAAAGCCUGCAGAAACUUUAUACAAUUAUGUAUGGAAGGCUAUUAUGACAAUACGAUAUUUCAUAGAAUUGUCAAGGGGUUCAUAGCGCAGGGCGGCGACCCAACGGGGACAGGGGAAGGUGGUGAGAGCAUAUACGAACAGCCAUUCAAAGAUGAAUUUCAUACAAGAUUACGAUUUUGCCGCCGAGGUUUAUUGGCGAUGGCUAAUGCUGGGAAAGACGACAAUGGUUCCCAAUUUUUCUUCACCCUCGGUUCUACACCGGAACUACAAAAUAAACACACAAUCUUUGGCAAAGUUACUGGUGAAACUGUAUAUAACAUGCUGAAACUCGAAGAGGCACUCGUGGACGAGAACGACAGACCACUUUAUCCCCCGAAGAUUUUAAAAACAGAGAUAUUGAACAAUCCGUUCCUGGAUAUUGAGCCAAGGGUAACGGCGAAGAGAAGCGAAGAAGCGAAAGAUGGUUCGAAGAGUAAAAAGACCGGAGUAAAGAAUUUUAAUCUUUUAUCGUUCGGUGAAGAAGCGGAGGAGGAUGAGGAGGAAUCUGUGAUAUUAAAUAAACAGUACAGCGGCAAAGGGAAAUCGGCCCACGAUCGUUUAGUUGAUCCAAAACUGAGUGCACAGACAUCCGUUGAACCGGGUGGUCCACCUAGUAAAAAGAAGAAGGAAGAUCGAAGCAGCGAUUGGGAGAGCGAUGGUGAGGAGAAAACUCAAGAGGAAUUAGAGGCAGCGAGAAAAGAGAAGGCCGCGAUGAAGGAGAGAAUUAAAAGUAAAUUAAGAGACACGAAAAGGGAGUCGAAGAAGGUGGAAAACUUCAAAGUAGAUGAUAAGGAUGAUAAGGAGGACGUAGAGGACGAGGCGUAUUAUCUUGGGAAAGACAGAGCCGACGAACGUAAAAGAAAAGCAGAAGAGAUUAGGAAAGAAAUCCGGGACUUGAAACGCGGUGUUCAAAAUGAGAAGAAAGCGAAGGAGUUUGAUAAGAAGGUACAACAGGAAAAGGAAGAGAAGAAGGAAAUGAAAACGGAAAUAAUGAAGGAGUAUAUCGAAACUCAGAAAAAGUACAAAGAAGUGAAAUCGAAAUUGCCUAAAAAAGGAAAGACCCGUGAAGACUUCACUAUGGAACUGUUAAGUAAAUUCAAAUCGAAGCUUCACAACGCUAAAGAGACGGUGAAAGACAGAUCUCCGAGUCCGCCGAGAGUGAACGAUGACAAGGACGAGGACUUCGAUCCGAGCGAUGAAUCGUGGAUGGUACAUUCCUUACGCUGCGAGGAGAAGGCACCGGUACUUGCGAAAGACGCCAGUACAAAAGACGACGAUUGGUUUGAAAUUUACGAUCCCCGAAAUCCACUUAACAAACGUCGGAGAGGUGAAAACUCGAAGGACGACAAAAAGCGGACCGAUUCUCGUCAGGACGGUGCCCGUCCGCGAGACUGGUACCCGCGCAGAUCUCAGUACAAGGUGCCACUGAGAAUCCUGCGAUUAUGUCUGAUGGGAAUAAUUUUACCUGCGGUGUUGGUCGCGGGCCCGAUGUACUUACGUUAUCGCGUUUACUCGGAGCAACUUUACCCGGUAACCGUUUCCGAUCAGAGGCUGAUCGACGCCAGAGUGUCCACCACUUGGUGCCAGAGUCAACUGAUCAAAGUUAAUACGACGUUCAACGCGUAUCUGAUGAAUGACGAGCCGAAGGUGGACAGCGAAGUCCUUCCAGUGUCCAUGACGAGGCAUCUAGUCCUGGAGGACGAUAUGAAAGAGUACUGGGGUUUCUACCUUCUUCGGGGUAGCAGCGUUACUGUCUCCACUUGCGUGAGAUGGCCCGGUGCUUCGUUGACGAUAAUUCGUGGCCACAAACAUCUCCACGAGUGCGCGUUCAUCGGGGACGACAGUAGCGAAGAGUUGGAAGAGCUGUUCGAAGUUGCGAAGGAAACUGGACUUCUGUCAGUGAAUGGAACCGAGAGUCCUAGCAACCAGCCGGAGAAGAUGAAGAGAGUUCAUCAAGGCAUACAGUUCCAUCACAAGGAUCACGAUCGUCUUCUGAACAGUACGAAACAUAUGGCCGCGCACCAUUACAGCAGCCACGAAUUAGACGCGAAGGCUAUGAAGGCGAUCCUCUCCGAGCUCUUCGUGAAGACUCUCGACACGAAGAAGAAGCAGAAAGAGAAUCCUCAUCACCACUACGAGGGUACCUUCGUGGAAACCGACAACAUCGACAAGCCGCCGACCACUUUCGAGCAACGGGACGAGAACAAGCAGAUCGAGAGCAAACUGAUAAAAAGUUUCGAAGCAGUCCUGAAGAACGUGUCUACUUCUACGGUGACCGCGAAGCUGUUGGAGAACUAUGAGAAAUUGGACGAAGGGAACGUUUCGAAAAUUGUUAAACAGAAUCGGACCAGCGAGAAAACAAUCGAAGAGGAGCCGACGUCGGCCGAGGUGUUUCGAGACGUUCUGGACAAGAUCAACUCUCUUGGGUAUCGUGGUAAGAAGAUACUGAAGAAGUUGAUGGACGAAAUAGAGAAGAAAGGACCGGAGGGUGAAAAUUUGCGACGGGUCGUGAACGAAACGAUGAACGAUCGGACGCUCUCGGAUGCCGAGAAACGUAGAAGACGAAGAGACUUGGUCCUCUCCUCGCCCCUUCACAGCGAGUUGACAGAAGAAGACGAGGACGAUGAUGCUGCCAUCGAAGAGGAUAUGUUGCAUCCAGAUGGGAUAGCCGAGGACAGAGGCACGGUGAACGAGACGACGUUGAACGAUAGAAGCAAUUCCGAAUUCUGGAGUUCGUUCAGCAGCUCCGAGGAACGUCUCCUGGAUUGCAAAGGACUGAUCCUGAAUCUACCGUUGACGCCCCAUCGGCAUUGCACCCCGAAACACGAGCACGAGCACUCGACCGCCUCGUUUGCGAAUACGGUCACUUACAGAGUUCCUACGAACGGAUACUAUUUCUUUGUAUUCAAUUCCGAGAACGAGAUUCAACCGAAUUAUCUACGAGUACGGUUCGAUUUACUAAAGACGGUUUACAAUACUUCGGACUCGGUGCACGCGUGCAAGAACAGCACGUCUGAAUGUUCGUUACCGUUUCGAAUCUUCAGCAACGAGAGAACAGUGUUUGAGUUACCAUUGAGUGGGAACGAUUCGCAGUGGAACGAAGAAUACGUAGUGGUCUCGACGUGCGAACCCAGGACUGCGGUUUACUUGCUGUGCAUCAUAUCUGUCCCGUUGCUUAUCCUCAUAUUUGCGUUUUACUGACGACGGAUCGUGGACGUGAGACAGGGACAGUAUUUUAAUCUCGUUAACAAAUGCUCACUUUGUAAAUAGAAUUUCUGACUAAGUCGAUCGGAACGAAGGAGGAACCUUUGUCACAAUCACACAGUAUUUGUUUGCUCGUGACUCUAAUUUUUGUGAUGGUCAAGUAUUUUUAGAGAAAGCAUAGAUUAGGUAUGUCUGUUUCUGUACAGGGUACGUCAAUAGUCAUAAGUCAAUGAUUUUAUCUAUUUAUAAAAAAGUCUAAUCAGAAUUUAACGUGUAACGACGUAAUACAAUGUUGGAACUGCGUGUGAUACGAAGUUAACUAAUUAGUAUAAUCGCUUGGGUAAGACGUUUUUCUAGUUCGCCGUUAAAUACGUUAUGUGCGCUUUGUAGAUUUGGUAGCACGUGAUUUAUGUAAAUAGAUUAGAAUCGUACGUUCGUUACGUCAACGGAUAGUGAGAUUUUCCCUCUCUCAUCAAAAGAUCAGAAGAUCGUUUUGUUGUAGAUACUCAAGUACCUACCUUUAUCUUGAAUCGACGCCACAAUUUCGAUGGACUCCGACAUUCGAUUUUACUUCUACUCAGAAAUUAGUCGAUCCUUCCGAAAAACUUUCCAUCAACACGAAUUCGUUUCUCGAUUGUUUUAUUUAUUAUAAUCUUUUAUGUAUUUUUAUCUAUGUAAGCUUAUAAUUAAUGUAUUUGUACCGUG